UUUCUCUUGCGGUAGGCAGUUUACCGGGCAAUUGUGAAUCAAUGGCAGAUUCAAUUAAAUCGCCAAUACCGUUAUACUUGACCUGGAAUGCUUUGGAAAGUAUUUCCUUGAACUGGGACAAGCCCGAAUGCGGUAGCUGUGAACGUGAUCGAGGUAGAUGCGGGUACAAAAAUGACAGCAACUCUGGCCUUUCUGUUAGAUGUUUCAGAAUUUUACCACCUUACCGGAAACCCAAAGGAAAUAAGUUACCUAUAAGCCUGAGUGCAUCAGGAUCAUUUGUUUUCGUAUUAUUCGUGCUGAUCAUAUUUGUCAAAGUACGAAACAGAACGAGUAAGGAUGAAAAAGAAAAUCAAUUGAUGAUCGAACGGUUCUUGGAAAACUACAGUGCUCUCAAACCGACACGAUAUAGUCAUGCAGAAAUAAAGAAGAUUACAAACAAAUUUAAGACCAAACUGGGACAAGGAGGAUAUGGGAGCGUUUUCGAAGGAAAACUAUCAAAUAACACCCAAGUAGCAGUCAAGAUUCUUGAUAAUUCAGAUGGAGGCAAUAAUGGAGAAGAAUUCGUCAAUGAAGUUGCCACUAUAGGUAGAAUUCAUCAUCUUAAUGUUGUGCGCCUUUUGGGAUUCUGCGUUCAAGGAUCAAUGAGAGCACUAAUUUAUGAAUUUAUGCCGAAUAGUUCACUGGAUAAGUUAAUAUUCUCAGCUGGGAGAGAAGACCAGAAAUUAGUUGGUUGGCAAAAGCUCCAAAAAAUUGCUAUCGGUAUAGCUCGUGGGAUAGAGUAUCUUCACCAAGGUUGUGACCAGCGUAUUCUCCAUUUCGAUAUCAAACCUCAAAAUAUUUUGUUAGACCAAAACUUUACUCCAAAGAUCUCUGACUUCGGACUAGCAAAGCUAUGUUCUAAAGGAGAAGAUAGCGGUAUUUCUGUAUCUAUGGCUGCCACUAGAGGAACUCUGGGUUACAUUGCACCAGAAGUUGUCUCUAGAAACUUUGGGACUAUAUCGUACAAAUCAGAUGUGUAUAGUUUCGGAAUGUUGUUACUUGAAAUGGCAAGAGGUAAGAAGAAUACUGAAACCAAAAUUGAAACAGAUGGUAAUGAAGAAUACUUCCCAGAGUGGAUAUACAAUUGUUUGAUUCGUGGGGAAGAUAUGGGAAUUCAAGUUGAAGUAGACGAUGUAGAUAUAGUGAAGAAAUUGGUAACAGUGGCACUUUGGUGUAUCCAAUGGAACCCUGUCGAUCGCCCUUCCAUGAAUGCUGUCCUUCAUAUGUUAGAAGGAAAUACUGAAAACUUGGUCAUGCCGCCUAACCCGUUUGCCUCCACAUCUUCUCUUCCCAGUUCUACAAGUGUUCUCAAUCAUCAAAGAGAGACAGAAUUGACAGUUAUCUUAGAAGAUUAAUUACAAG